AUGAGUUCGGACAUGUUAACGCAGCAGACUUCCACCACACAGCGCAAGCGCUCGGCGUCUACGGCUACCGCCGCCUCUACCGUAGCACAGGCGUGUCGCCAGGCUGUGGCGGAGCUCGAGAACUGGUCGCUCUGGGCCUACCGGGACGCCACGGGCGAGGAGUGGGACGCGCAGCCGGCGUGCUUCAUCACCGACUACCUGCUGGCCAUCCAGUGCUUCGCCUUCGCCGUGUAUAUCGGACUCUUCGCCGCCACAGACAAGGGCGAUCUGGCCUGGUACCUUAUGUACUUCAUGGCGCUGGGCAUCUCCGCGGCGCUGGGUGGCCUACUGCACCACGUCGCGUUCGAGGCCAUGCGCGACAUCGCGCACAAGCAGGAGAAGCAUCUGGUGAUGACUGCGCGUGUCUUCGGCGUCAGUCUGACCCGUGCCAACGUGGACAAGAUGAUCGAGGCUCUGUGGCGCGUCGUGCUGGCCUGCUCCAUCCUCACCAACUUCGCACUGCUAUCUCUGGCCGCCAGUCGUCACCUGCCUGAGGCUUGGGCUUAUUCUAUCAUCGGCCUGGCCGCUGUGUUGUACGUGGCAUUGGCCGUCUGGGCCAGUGUCAGCAUGCAUGCAGUGUUCCUCUUCGCCGGCUUCAUCCCUGUGAUGCUCUUUGGCCCCAUCGCCUGCUUCAUGACGUGGAACUGGGAGUGGAGCCACACAAGCAACGAGCUGCUCGUGUACGGCGUCAAGCUGGUUGGUGGCCUCAUCCAGGGUCUCGUAUGGGCUCCCAGCAAGGACAAGUUCAACCACAAUGCGCUCUCUCACGUGUUCCUCAGUAUGGCAGCGACGCUCAUGCUCAUCCACUUCAAGUUCUGA